GUGUUCAGCACCUACUCUAACGAGGAAUACGACCGGCGCAAUGAUGAGGUGGACCCCGUGGCAGCGUCGGCUGAGUACGAGCUGGAGAAGAGGGUGGAGAAGAUGGACGUAUUCCCUGUGGAAAUUGAAAAGGGUCAGUGUUCUCGUCUGUAUUUCAUCUUUCCUUUAUUAAUCCAAGUGUCUCUGAGUACCAUUGAGAUUUUUUUACAAGGCCUCCCUGGCAAAGAGCAGCAUCAUCAUGAUCAUCACAAGGGUCCAGAGGAUGCAGUCCCAUCCAUCCAUUCUAACUUCCCAUACUUGUUUGUCCCACAGGAGACAACGGCCUGGGCAUCAGUAUCAUAGGGAUGGGAGUGGGAGCUGACCAGGGCCUGGAGAAACUGGGAAUCUUUGUGAAGACCAUAACAGAGCGAGGAGCGGCUGAACGGGAUGGCAGGUGAUGCCCCGCCCCCUGGGGGAACGCGCUACACACUACUGUGCUUACAGAAGCGUUCAAGUUUUAACCAUGUUUUAUCCUUGGCAGUUAAAAUAUGUUGUACAGUAGACACCUGGAACUGUCUCUGGAUGCAUAAUAGGACCAUCACAAUGAUCCACAACACUGCCGGGAUGUCAAAGGGUACAAAUGCUUCAUUUCCCCAUGGUCUUCAGACACCAUUUCUAAGCAACUGGCUGUAUUUAUAACCCUGUGAGGCAGCGAAAGAAAAUAGCUCCUUCCGCUUCCCAGGGAAUCUGGCCUUAUGUUGCGCUGCCAGCUGGAAGAAUUUGUUAACUGAAAAAAGGAAAGAGUUGCUACAACAUUGUUACAGUACAUCCCUUGUUGAUUACACGCCCUCUUUCCAACAUACGGUACGUCUUAAAUGUCUUGCUUUAUGAUUGCAUGUUGUCCUUUCCACUAGGAUCCAGGUGAAUGACCAAAUAGUGGAGGUGGAUGGGAUCAGUCUGGUGGGAGUGACUCAGCUGUUUGCUGCUACAGUCCUGAAGAACACUAAAGGAACGGUCAGGUGAGCUGUGUCCAGCUCCAGUAGGCCUUUUGAAAUAAGUCGUUAUGAUCCUAGGUGUGACUAGCCUCGCCCACAGGGUUCUAGGUUAUCUGGCAACGUGAGAUUAAAGGUGUGGCAGUCCGGUAGCCUACCAGUAAAUUACCUCAUAACUAUCUUUUUAAAGUGGUUAGGUAUGACUGGAGGGAAAUGAAUAUCCUUGAGAAAUGUAUAUAGAAUAAAUGGGUUUGUUUUUAUUAUUGUAUACUGAUUGUGCCUCAGGCCUACACAAAGAGAGCAGCCCACACGGGGCACGGGUGAAUAUGUGAAUGAUUCACCAUAGGCAAAUGAAACGCACACACUAGGAAAAGUUCAAUAAACAGCUUUAAUCCGUUUUGCCUUACAUUACAACGACUCAUAUCAGCAUGAGUCAGUUAUUAUGAUUGCUCUAAGCCUUGGCAUACCAGUUUAGUUUAAAAGGGAAUGCAAUUGACCAGCCAGGCGUCUGCUGGUACUACCACUCUCCACGCUGACCUACCACGCUCUCACACAAACAGCUUUCUGAUUGGCCGGGAGAAGCCGGGGACACAGAGCGAGGUUGCGCGUCUGAUCAGCGAGACUCUGGAGCAGGAGAAGAGCCAGCAGGAGCAGCAGCACCUGGACGACCCCUACGAACAGUCCACCGAGGAGGUGAGUCACCUGGGCGGCCUCACCCAACACUGGCCCCUGGCCAUGUGGUUAGCCCAGUCCAGUCACACAGUGAGUGAGCAUUGUGUGUUGUCACCCUGGGGCUGUGUGGGGGGGAUCUGGCUGCUGGAGCCUGCUGGAAUUGUGCAAUAUUUGCUUUUCAAAAGCACAAGCAACCACAAGCCUUUAUUUAUAAAGGAACUGGGCACGGAAAGGUAGGGCUCCUGGAAAAGCGAGACAAAGCUUAAGCCUAUUGGAUCUCAUAAAAGGUGAUAUACAUGUCCCGUUAUGGAACAUAUUUCAUACGCAUGCAUCUACUUGAAUACCGGGCUACUCGUGUACAAGGAGCUGUGUGUUGGUAGUGGGUGACAAAAUGGGCAGAUAUUUGACCGCUUCUGUGUAGGUAUGCAAAUCAAUGAGUUGUGUGGGGAAUUAUGUCGUGUUUUUCCCUGUGUUCUGUUUUGCCUCAUGUUUGGGGUUGGUUGUGUGAUGGAACAUGUUGAUGCAGAGAUGAGUUUCCUUCUGAUACAGGCCUCCUGCUGGGCUCUCUGCAGGCUGUCACGGUAACACUGGGAUAUGAUGUAGUGAUUACCCAUACCUCCCCCCUGAGUGCCGAGCCGCAGGGCGCCACGUGGGCGUGGGCAGGUGAUUGGCUGUGUGAUGUCAUUGUGUGGUUGUGGUUUGUUAUGUUUCAGGAGGAGCACUACGAGGAGGAAGACGGAGAGGAAGAAGAUAUGCUAGGGUCUAGUUUCUCUGGUGGAAGGACGGUGGAGGUGUUUGACCUGCCGGAGACAGAGGCCAUGUUCAUGCCCUUCAACAUGGACUCCACACAGAUGGGCUUCAAAUUCCAGGAGGUAUUUCACCUGAUAGUAUUAUCACAGGUUUAUAUUAUGGUGGAUGUGUCAUUGUUUGUGUGAAAUGUGUUUGUUUUUGUUACUUAAAUGGUUUAUUUCUUUACCCUAGCUCCAACUGAAACACAGCAUAGGAACAGCUGAAAUAAACCAACUGAAGGAAAAGGUAUGUAAAUCUGAAGAACAAGCUACUGUUUCAUAAACAUGAGUACAAAUGGAUCAAUGCAUGGAGUGCAAUCUGUCGCCGCCCGGUGACCAACCGUAAUUAUCGUCUGUCUGUCUCAUCUGACUGACCGUAAUGAUUUGAAUAUGUUAAUUGUACUAGUAGAUGAGAAGCCUAAAAAUACAUUUCACUCUUCCUCUACAGCUAAGGGCGUCCGAGGAGGACAAAGCAUCCAGGGAGUCGAGGGUGGCUGAGUUGGAGCAGAAGAUUGAGGAGAGCAAUGAGAAAAUGUUGAAUCUGGAAGGGUACUGGCUAGAGGCCCAGGCCCUGUGUAAAACUGUCAACGAGCACCUGUCUGAGACCCAGAGCCAGUACGAGGCCCUGGACAAGAAAUACAACAAGGCCAAGAAACUUCUCAAAGAUUACCAGCAGAAGUGAGUUGAGUUCACUAAGGGUCCAAUUAUUAAGUCUCGACUUCAGCUGAGUGAGUUUCUGUGUUGACCUGUGCUUCCCUCACUCUGAACAGGCUGAAGGCUUCGUUCCACUUCCUCUACGCUGAGUCAUGUUGUAUAGAAAGUACAGUACAGUGCAUUCGGAAAGUAUUCAGACCCCUUGACUUUUUCCACAUUAUUAUAUUACAUUAUAUUACAUUAUAUUACAUAUAUUACAUUAUAUUACAUUACAGCCUUAUUCUAAAAUGGAUUACAUUACAUUAUAUUACAUUAUUAUAUUACAUAUAUUACAUUAUAUUACAUUACAGCCUUAUUCUAAAAUGGAUUAAAUUGUUUUUUCCCCUCAUCAAUCUACACUCAAUACCCCGUAAUGACGUAAUGCUACAAAGAAAAUUUAAUAAAAAAUAUAACAUUUACAUAAGUAUUCAGACCCUUUACUCAGUACUUUGUUGAAGCACCUUUGGCAGCGAUUACAGCCUUGAGUAGCUUCUUGGGUAUGGCGCUACAAGCUUGGCACACCUGUAUUUGGGGAGUUUCUCCCAUUCUUCUCUGCAGAUCCUCUCAAGCUCUGUCAGGUUGGAUGGGGAGCGUUGCUGCACAGCUAUUUUCAGGUCUCUCCAGAGAUGUUAGAUCGGGUUCAAGUCCGGGCUCUGGCAGGACCACUCAAGGACAUUCAGAGACUUGUCACGAAGCCACUCCUGCAUUGUCUUGGCUGUGUGCUUAGGGUUGUUGUCCUGUUGGAAGGUGAACCUUCGCCCCAGUCUGAGGUCCUGAGCGCUCUGGAGCAGGUUUUCAUCAAGGAUCUCACUGUACUUUGCUCCGUUCAUCUUUCUCUCGAUCCUGACUAGUCUCCCUGUCCCUGCUGCUGAAAAACAUCCCCAAAGCAUGAUGCUGCCACCACCAUGCUUCACUGUAGGGAUGGUGCCAGGUUUCCUCCAGACGUGACGCUUGGCAUUCAGGCCAAAGAGUUCAAUCUUGGUAUCAUCAGACAAGAGAAUCUUGUUUCUCCUGGUCUGAGAGUCCUUUAGGUGCCUUUUGGCAAUCUCCAAGUGGGCUGUCAUGUGCCUUUUACUGAGGAGUGGCUUCCGUCUGGCCACUCUACCAUAAAGGCCUGAUUGGUGGAGUGCUGCAGAGAUGGUUGUCCUUCUGGAAGGUUCUCCCAUCUCCACAGAGGAACUCUGGAGCUCUGUCAGAGUGACCAUCGGGUUCUUGGUCACCUCCAUGACCAAGGCCCUUCUCCCCCAAUUGCUUAGUUUGGCCGGGCGGCCAGCUCUAGGAAGAGUCUUGGUGGUUCCAAACUUCUUCCAUUUAAGAAUUAUGGAGGCCAUUAUGUUCUUGGGGACCUUCAAUACUGCAGACAUUUUCUGGUACCCUUCCCCAGAUCUGUGCCUCAACACAAUCCUGUCUCGGAGCUCUACGGACAAUUCCUUCGACCUCAUGGCUUGGUUUUUGCUGUGACAUGCACUGUCAACUGUUGGACCUUAUAUAGACAGGUGUGUGCCUUUCGAAAUCAUGUCCAAUCAAUUGAAUUUGCCACAGGUGGACUCCAAUCAAGUUGUACAAACAUCGCAAGGAUGAUCAAUGGAAACAGGAUGCACCUGAGCUCAAUUUCGAGUCUCAUAGCAAAGGGUCUGAAUACUUAUGUAAAUAAGGUAUUUCUGUUUUUUAUUUUAAUUACAUUUGCAAAAAAUUCUAACAAGCUGUUUUCACUUUGUCAUUAUGGGGUAUUGUGUGUAGAUUGAUGAGGAACAAUGUAAUCAAUUUUAGAAUAAGGCUGUAACGUAAGAAAUGUGGAAAAGGGGAAGGGGUCUGAAUACUUUCCAAAUGCACUGUAUGUCCACACGUCAGUGGAAUGAUUUAUGAAGUCUAAUGGUCUGAUUCCUUUCCAGGGAGAUUGACUUUGUGAAGAAGGAGGAGGAGCUGAAGAAAGUUCUAGAUGAGAAGGAUCGAUGGUACAAGGAGCAGCUUGAAAGCCUGCAGGACAGGGUGAGAGGAACAUAUUGUGAGAAAGAGACUGGAAUAUUAGAACAGACCUAGUAGAGAGAGGGUUGACUGUCCGUUCUGUGGUUCUCUCCUCAGAUAGCGGUCCUGGAGGACAGCGGUCCGUCUGCUGACCGCUUGGAGACCCAGUCGGGUCAGGACCUUGCCGAGGAGAGGAGAUGGAGCAUCCAGGGGAGUGAAGGCCCCGUCACCAACACACAGUCUGUGGACUCUCUACUGUUAGGUAAUGCUAAACGUGCACUUGACGAGAGCAUGCAUCAGUAGGAGGCUAGGAGCCACCUUCCAUUUACCACCAAAGGAGGGCAAGAGUGUGUUUGCGUCUCAAAUGGCACCCUUUUUACUAUACACUGAGUGCACAAAUCAUUAGGAACAUGACAUAGGCUGACCAGGUGAAAUUCAGGUGAAAGCUAUGAUCCCUUAUUGAUGUCACCAACUUGGCACAACUGUGGGAAGCAUUGGAGUCAACAUGGGCCAGCAUCCCUGUGGAACGCUUUCUACACCUUGUAGAGUCCAUGCACCGACGAAUUGAGGCUGUUCUGAGGGAAAAAGGGGUUGCAACUCAUUAUUAGAUGUGUUCCUAAUGUUUUGUACAUUCAGUGAACCAGUGGGCCCUGACCAGAAGUAGCCCACUAAAUAGGGAAUAGGGUGACAUUUGGGAAGCAGCCACAGUCUGUGAACCUCAGUGUCUGAGAAUAGUGUAGUGUAUGCCUCAUGUGUAGUAGUGAUGGAGAAAAAUAUAUAUACAGUUACUUAUCACAAUAUUAUUUUGGGACAAUAUUAUAUUGAUAUUUGACUCCAUAGUAUCGAUUUGUAAAAAUGUUUUAUGUACGUAGCGUUAGCUAGCGCUACUCUGCUGUACCUGCGGCAAAACUCUGGUAUUUUUCAUCCUAUAGCUUGUUCUCCUUUUUAAAUAGUUUUCAGCACUUUUAUUUCCCUGACUGAUCAAAACUAGUUUUCUCAUGCUCUCUCAUCUCUCUGCAGCAGACAUAUAGUGAGCAAUAUGUUUGGAACAUAAAAUCACAGUAUUGAAUCGCAAUACAAAUUGUAUCUGCCCUAAUGUCUAGUGUACUGAGCUGUGUUUUGUCCCUCCUCCACAGAUACAGACUGGAGCGAGCUGGUCCCUGAGACUGAGCGCUUGGACACCAGUGCCCACAAGGCCAAGGGCUUACUGGCCCCAAGGAGGAAUCGUCCGUCUCGCAACAAACUGAAGGAGAACCAUGGCGCCUCCCCUUGCCAGUCACAGGUCAGCUCUGAAAGUUAUCUCAUUAAUUUUGAAAAUAAUAUCAGGGUCAAUAUUACUAGCUAAUUCAAAUAUAUAUCCUUCCUCAUCUCCUUCUAUUGACUGCAUGUUCAAUACCAAUGUUCACAUGUAUCAGUCCCAUCUCCGAGCCACUGUUUCUCUUUAGUCAUCACUGCUGACUGUGUUUUCCCUCCAGGAGAACAAGGAGGAGGGGGAGGAUGCGGAGGAGGAUUAUCCCAGGAGGAGGAGGUCCAUCCAGGAGAGCCUGUUCCUGCCCGUGCCCAUCUGCUACCCUGGGAACAGCCAGAGGGACGAGAUCCCCGAGGCUGGGGAGAGAUCCAGGAGCAAGCUGGAGCUCUCCAGCAGCGCCUCCCUGCCCCCGUCCCAGAGAAACAGCGUAGAGAGUGGGAGCAGUCCUUCUCUGUCCCCGCCUAAAGAUGCCUCUUCGCUCUCGCCACACUCCCCCUCAGGGCUCCUGCGCAAUGUCAAGAAGAGGGAGUCCAAGGGGAAGGGCAAGGAGCUCAAAGGUACUGGCCCAUGUCCACAGAUCAGUCUGCUACCAACAACAUUCUCCUCACACAGUACAUUUACAAACAAGUUGUUGCUACUAUCACCGCUGACUGUCACCAUAUUGAUGUGGCUCUUACUGGCUCUUACUGACUCUGCUUGCAGCAGUUUAUUUCAUUGUUAUUGUGAAAAUAUGACUCUGUUACAGAUGAGACAAAUGAGGGUUCUUCAGUAGGAAAACCCAAAAAGACGAUUUUUGGGUAAGUGCCUGAGAGAAUGAUUUGUUUUCAAUUUGACAGUCCUGUUAGUCCUGUUAGUCCUGUGUUAUCUAAAGCUCUUGAAAACCAACAGUGGCCUUCGGAAGUCUGGUGGCAAAGGGAAGAAACAUGACAAGGAGGCAAUGCGAGCAUCUCUGGACAGCAGGUAUGUCACUACAUGUCACUAUGCCUACUGUGUCACCACAUCCUGGGUAUGUCGUCACCAUACACUCACAGCUCUGCUAUCAGAGGACCUUUGUGCUAUUAAAGAGACAAUAUGUAAUUUGGAGACUUAGCUUAUUUGUCUUAAUUUUCCUAAUGCCCAGGGGUUCUGCCGAGCUCCUGGAGGAAUCUGGAGGGAACCUGUCCCCCUCUGAGUCCAUGACCUCUAUACCCACCUGUAUGCCCUUCUCCUGGUUUGGGGACAGAGACAGAGACAGGGACAAGGAGCCUUCGUCCUCCAGCAGCAGCCUACCAUACGCAGCCACUGAGACCAGCAGCGAGCAGAGCCAGGACCGCAAAAACAAGGUAAGAACGCACACACACACAGCUGACCCCAUCAAAAGACGGAAAGAAAAAGCCCUCAUAAUCUAAACACAGAUGUUUAGUCAUUUCAGAAUCACCAGUAACAAACAGAAGCAGAAGACAUUUGCAUUAAAGAGAGAUUUCAUUAAGCCAUUUUAACUAGUAUGCCAAAUCCAGCCGGGACUCAAAAUUACAUUUCAUUAGCCAUGUAUUUAGAGAGUUGGGCCAAUAUGGGUUUCUGCAUUAUGAUGCAUUUACAUGACACUUCAACAUUCUAUGGCAGCCAUGUUAGCUACCCAUUAACAUUACAUGGGGGAUGAUUAAACAAUGCUAUGUAACUGAAUAUUCAAAAUUUGAAAAGUUGGUCUAACUCUCUAACUAUGUGGCUCUGGCUACUACAAAGUGAAAUGAAAGCCGGCCUUUCCUGUGUCACUGAACUGCCCCCUCUCCGUCUGGACCGUUUCAUGGUAUGUUGGCCAGUAAUAAGUCAGUGAUUAAUUGGUCAGUAAUCCACAGUUUAAGGUUUCUGCUCUGGAUGGAAAUAAAUACCAAAUCCAGUCAAGAGAUGUGCAGCAGGCAGCCAGCCAGCCGGCCGGUGUCGUGUUUCCCAGCGAGGGAUGAUGACAUUGCUGUUCAAAAGUAGUGCACUAUAUAGGGGGCUUUUUGAGACCCAGCCCCGUUAUUAAUCAGAGAGCGACAGAGGAGGAGGAUUCACUGGCAUUUCAAUGGCUUAGCAACCAGAGAAUUAUCCCCAUUAAAUGCAUCUACUCAAACAGGCCUGACUAAUUCACAACCAGGCUGCCUGGGGAGUAGAUGGAGGCCAACAGCACCAGGCUGCCUGGGGAGUAGAUGGAGGCCAACAGCACCAGGCUGCCUGGGGAGUAGAUGGAGGCCAACAGCACCAGGCUGCCUGGGGAGUAGAUGGAGGCCAACAGCACCAGGGCUGUGGGGAGUUAGUGGGCAGUGUGUGGGCAGUGUUGGCCACAAACAGGGUCUCCCCUGGUUCUGCUGGCUGGGAUUCUACUUCUCGGAGUCUGUGUCCCAUGGUCCUUUGCCAGCUAGAGCAGUGUCAUCCACAGUGUACAGUAUGGAGAACGACAUGACAAGCUCUCUACUAACAGUCCUUCUUUCAAAACAGACAAAUCUCUCCUGGUCCUCUUUAUUCAGUCGCUCAUUAGAUUUGGUACAGUAUGAUUUCCUUUUCAUCCCCCCAAUCUUAGAGGAGCUGGUAGACUAGAACUAACCCUUCAUCUAGUGUUGUGAUUGUUCAUUCCGCAUCUAGAUCAUACUAAUAUACCCCAAAAUUGAUUUGUGUCGAUGUAGUGGAAUUGGGUUUGUGGUAGUGUGUCAAGCACUCUAAAUCUAACAUUUCACAUUUAUGUUGCUUCGGCAUACCUUUCAUAUCAUACAUGAUUUGAUGAUUAGUAUUAUCAGUCUGAAUUAAUCACAAAUGAUGGAGAAAGCGUGCUCUUGAUACAGUAGCACAUUGUUUCUGGAGUGGUGUGUUAGUGCUGUAUUAGUAGAAAUAGUUGUUUGUGUGUCAUAAGUGUCGUAGUAGAAGUAGUUUGUUUGUUUAGUCAUUUUGUCGAGUUAUGUUUGUUGUGGAUUUGUUUGACUUUGUUUUUUUUCUACCCCUCUGUUAUGAUGAAAAUGUAUUUACACAGGAUUCCCAGUGCUGAUAUCACGAUAGAGCACAUUUAAUCAAUGCUAAUCCUCGUUUAAUUAGGUGUGCUUGCAAAGCAGAACUAAAUCAAAUCAAAUUUUAUUGGCCACAUGCGCCGAAUACAACAGGUGCAGACAUUACAGUGACAUGCUUACUUACAGCCCUUAACCAACAGUGCAUUUAUUUUUAAUAAAAAUGUAAAAUAAAACAACAAAAAAGUGUUGAGAAAAAAAGAGCAGAAGUAAAAUAAAAUAACAUGUACCCAGGGGGGUACCGGUGCAGAGUCAAUGUGCGGGGGCACCGGCUAGUUGAGGUAGUUGAAGUAAUAUGUACAUGUGGGUAGAGUUAAAGUGACUAUGCAUAAAUAAUUAACCGAGUAGCAGCAGCGUAAAAAGAUGGGGUGGGGGGGCAGUGCAAAUAGUCCGGGUUGCCUUGAUUAGCUGUUCAGGAGUCUUAUGGCUUGGGGGUAGAAGCUGUUGAGAAGUCUUUUGGACCUAGACUUGGCAUUCCGGUACCGCUUGCCGUGCAGUAGCAGAGAGAACAGUCUAUGACUAGGGUGGCUGGAGUCUUUGACAAUUUUGAGGGCCUUCCUCUGACACCGCCUGGUAUAGAGGUCCUAGGUGGCAGGAAGCUUAGCCCCAUUGAUGUACUGGGCCGUACACACUACCCUCUGUAGUGCCUUGCGGUCGGAGGCCAAGCAGUUGCCAUACCAGGCGGUGAUGCAACCAGUCAGGAUGCUCUCGAUGGUGCAGCUGUAUAAUUUUUUGAGGAUCUGAGGACCCAUGCCAAAUCUUUUCAGUCUCCUGAGGGGGAAUAGGCUUUGUUGUGCCUUCUUCACGACUGUCUUGGUGUGUUUGGACCAUGAUAGUUCGUUGGUGAUGUGGACACCAAGGAACUUGAAGCUCUCAACCUGUUCCACUACAGCCCCGUCGAUGAGAAUGGGGGCGUGCUCAGUCCUCUUUUUUUUUCAUGUAGUCCACAAUCAUCUCCUUUGUCUUGGUCACGUUGAGGGAGAGGUUGUUAUCCUGGCACCACACGGCCAGGUCUCUGACCUCCUCCCUAUAGGCUGUCUCAUCGUUGUCGGUGAUCAGGCCUACCACUGUUGUGUCGUCGGCAAACUUAAUGAUGGUGUUGGAGUUGUGCUUGGCCAUGCAGUCAUGGGUGAACAGGGAGUACAGGAGGGGACUGAGCAUGCACCCCUGAGGGGCCCCCGUGUUGAGGAUCAGUGUGGCAGAUGUGUUGUUACCUACCCUUACCACCUGGGGGCGGCCCGUCAGGAAGUCCAGGAUCCAGUUGCAGAGGGAGGUGUUUAGUCCCAGGAUCCUUAGCUUAGUGAUGAGCUUUGAGGGCACGAUGGUGUUGAAUGCUGAGCUGUAGUCAAUGAAUAGCAUUCUCACGUAGGUGUUCCUCUUGUCCAGGUGGGAAAGGGCAGUGUGGAGUGCAAUAGAGAUUGCAUCAUCUGUGGAUCUGUUGGGGCGGUAUGCAAAUUGGAGUGGUUCUAGGGUUUCUGGGAUAAUGGUGUUGAUGUGAGCCAUGACCAGCCUUUCAAAGCACUUCAUGGCUACAGACGUCAGUGCUACGGGUCGGUAGUCAUUUAGGCAGGUUAUCUUAGUGUCCUUGGGCACGGGGACUAUGGUGGUCUGCUUGAAACAUGUUGGUAUUACAGACACAGUCAGGGACAUGUUGAAAAUGUCAGUGAAGACACUUGCCAGUUGGUCAGCACAUGCUCGGUGUACACGUCCUGGUAAUCCGUCUGGCCCUGCGGCCUUGUGAAUGUUGACCUGCUUAAAAGUCUUACUCACAUCGGCUACGGAGAGCGUCAUCACAUAGUCAUCCGGAACAGCUGGUGCUCUCAUGCAUGCUUCAGUGUUGCUUGCCUCGAAGCGAGCAUAGAAGUGGUUUAGCUCGUCUGGUAGGCUUGUGUCACUGGGAAGCUCGCGGCUGUGCUUCCCUUUGUAGUCUGUAAUAGUUUUCAAGCCCUGCCACAUCCGACGAGCGUCAGAGCCGGUGUAGUACGAUUCAAUCUUAGUCCUGUAUUGACUCUUUGCCUGUUUGAUGGUUUGUCGGAGGGCAUAGCGGGAUUUCUUAUAAGCGUCCGGGUUAGAGUCCCGCUCCUUGAAAGCGGCAGCUCUACCCUUUAGCUCAGUGCGGAUGUUUCCUGUAAUCCAUGGCUUCUGGUUGGGGUAUGUACGUACGGUCACUGUGGGGACGACAUCAUCAUCGAUGCACUUAUUGAUGAAGCCAGUGACUGAUGUGGUGUACUCCUCAAUGCUAUCUGAAGAAUCCCGGAACAUGUUCCAGUCUGUGCUAGCAAAACAGUCCUGUAGCUUAGCAUCUGCGUCAUCUGACCACUUUUUUAUUAACCGAGUCACUGGUGCUUCCUGCUUUAGUUUUUGCUUAUAAGCAGGAAUCAGGAGGAUAGAGUUAUGGUCAGAUUUGCCAAAUGGAGGGCGAGGGAGAGCUUUGUAUGCGUCUCUGUGCGUGGAGUAAAGGUGGUCUAGAGUUUUUUUUCCUCUGGUUGCACAUUUAACAUGCUGGUAGAAAUUAGGUAGAACGGAUUUAAGUUUCCCUGCAUUAAAGUCCCCGGCCACUAGUAGCGCUGCCUCUGGAUGAGCGUUUUCCUGUUGACUUAUGGCCUUAUACAGCUCAUUCAGUGCAAUCUUAAUGCCAGCAACUAUAGACAUCUUAUUAUUAUUAUAUUUAUUCCGCCCACUCUAGAACUUAAACGAUUUUAUCUAUUAGUUUUGAUAGCAUUUAUACUUUUUUAACUAUAACAAUAUUUAAACAAGUUCCCAAUGCAUUUCAAUGGCAAAAAAAAGGGCCAUAGACUUACAGUACCUUCAGGAAGUAUUCACACCCCUUGACCUUUUCCACGUUUUGUUGUUAGAGCCUGCAUUUAAAAUGAAUUAAAUUGAGGUUUUGUGUCACUGGCCUAAACACGAUACCCGAUAAUGUCAGUGUAAUUAUGUUUUUAGACAUUUUUACCAAUUAAUUACAAAUGUAAAGCUGAAAUGUCUUGAGUUAAUAAGUAUUCAACCCCUUUGUCAUGGCAAGCAUAAAUAAGUUCAGGAGUACAAAUGUGCUUAACAAGUCACAUAAUAAGUUGCAUGGACUCACUCUGUGUGCAAUAAUAGUGUUUAACAUGAUUAUUGAAUGACUACCUCAUCUCUGUACCCCACACAUAUAAUUAUCUGUAAGGUCUCUGUCGAGCAGUGAAUUUCAAACACAGAUUCAACCACAAAUACCAGGGAGGUUUUCUAAUGCCUCUCAAAGAAGGGCACCUAUUUGUAGAUGGAAAAAAAAAAAAGCAGACAUUGAAAAUCCCUUUGAGCAUGGUGAAGUUAUUAAUUACACUUUGGAUGAUGUAUCAAUACACCCAGUCACUAUAAAGAUACAGGCGUCCUUCCUAAGUCAGUUGCCGGAGAGGAAGGAAACCGCUCAGGGAUUUCACCAUGAGGCCAAUGGUGACUUUAAAACAGAGUUUAAUGGCUGUGAUGGGAGAUAACUGAGGAUGGAUCAACAACAUUCUAGUUACUCCACAAUACUAACUUAAAUGAGUGUGAAAAGAAGGAAGCCUGUACAGAAUACAAAUAUUUCCAAAACAUGCAUCCUGUUUGCAACAAGGCACUAAAGUAAAACUGCGAAAUUGGCAAAGAAAUUAACUUUAUGUCAUGAAUACAAGGCGUUAUGUUUGGGGCAAACACAACACAUCACUGAGUACCACUCUUCAUAUUUUCAAGCAUGGUGGUGGCUGCAUCAUGUUAUGGGUAUGCUUGUCAUCGGCAAGGACUAGGGACUUGUAGAAUAGAGCUCAGGAUAGGCAAAAUCCUGGAGGAAAACCUGGUUCCGUCUGCUUUCCAACAGACACUGGGAGACAAAUUCACCUUUCAGCAGGACAAUGACCUAAAACAAAUAUACACUGGAGUUGCUUACCAAGAUGACAUUGAGUGUUCCUGAGUGGCCUAGUUACAGUUUUGUCUUAUAUCGGCUUAAAAAUCUAUGGCAAUACUUGAAAAUGGCUGUCUAGCAAUGAUCAACAACCAACUUGACAGAGCUUGAAGAAUUUAAAAAAGAAUAAUGUGCAAAAAUUGUAUAAUCCAGGUGUGAGAAGCUCUUAGAAAAUCACAGCUGUAAUCGCUGCCAAAAGUGAUUCUAACAUACAUAGACUCAGAGGUGUGAAUACUUAUGUAAAUGAGAGAUUUCUGUAUUUAUUUUCAAUACAUUGCUAAAAACAUGUUUUUACUUUGUCACUAUGGGGUAUUGUGUGUAAAAAAAACGUUUUUUUUUAUUAUUCAGGCUGUAACACAACAAAAGUAUGUGUACUUUUGGAACGAUAACCAUUUAAAAUGUGCAUAAAUUAACAUGGGUUUGAGUGAGAACCAUAGUAAUACAGUGGUUGCUAUUCAAAAUGCUAUUCAUAAAUUAGCAUAAAAUAACUCACCAACAGUAACUCUUGAAACGGUCAAGCUAAAGACACCAAACCAAUUUUCGCAUGUUCAGGCUAUCCUAACUUCAAAUUCUUAAACAUUUGUCAACUAUAACUAUAUACACUCAGUGGACAGUUUAUUAGGCACACCCAUCUAGUAUCGGGUCAGACCCCUCUUUGCCUCCAGAACAGCCUGAAUUCUUUGAGGAAUGGAAACAUUGCUCAAUUGGUAUCAAGGGACCUAACAUGUGCCAGGAAAACAUUUACCACACCAGUACACCACUGCCAUCAGCCUGUACCGUUGACACCAGGCAGGAUGGGGCCAUGGACACGUGCUGUUAACGCCAAAUCCUGACUCAUCCAUCAACAUGACGCAAAUUUGUAUAAAAUACCCACCAAUAUUAAGUCUUGAACUGUUCAAGCUAGAGACACCAAACCAACUUUCACAUGUUCAGGUUACCCUAACUCAAACUUGAUCAACAUUUUCAUAACUUUGCAUAAAUUAGCCCACCAACAGUAACUCUGUUCAAGCUAAAGACACCAAACCAACUUUCACGUUAUCCUAUCCUAAGAAUCAAUCGAUCCUUCACAAGCUUGCAAGCACACCACUUCUUCUUCAGAAAAUGUACUUUUCUAGUUCUCAACCUAAAGUUCCAUGUUUUCAUUUUUUAUUUUUUUUAUUUUAGGGGGUAGAUCAGCUUUAAUAUUGCAGAUAGAUUGUAACUUCCAUCAAUGUAAUUGUCUGCAUCACUUCCAAUCCCCCAUAUGUUUUUUUCUCUCGCAAAUGUAUAAUAUAUACAUACAUACAUACAUACAUAUACAUAUCCUUUAAAUAAAAAUAUAUUUCCUUUAUUACUUUCCAACCCCACCACCCCUUCCCUAAUUGGAGUAAACUAGUGAACAACAAUGCUUAGGCCUCUACUUCCAGCUUAUACAUACUAUAUACAUUUUAUGGACACAGUCAAUUUUACAAUAAUUCAAUUUUGUUUGUUUUUACUCCUGAACAUCCUCUACUCUCAACCUCUCCAAUCAUUUUCAUGGUGUCCCUCCAGUUUGCUUCUGUAUGCCAUAUCUUUCUAACUGUGCUCUUUCACAAAAGCUCUCAACCUAUAACCUAUAUACUUAUUAUGCUUACAUUAUUAGUUAUCUUGUUGUUAUUAGUUGUUGUUAUUAGUCCCAUCCUUCAACUCCAUUCAACACCACCCAUCUAUCUCUUAACACCAUCCAUAUUGGAUUUAUAUUUGCCAUAUAUUUUUCAACUGUACUGUAAUGUUUUACAAAAGUUCUGAACCUUUCUAUUCAUUGUUUCUACAGAUUGUAAAUUGAAAAUAAACAUUUUUGCUAAAAGUGUUAUUAUAUUAUUGAUCCAUGUUUACAGUACUACUGUGGAUCCCCUUCCUCCCUAGAGCUUUACGCCCCAGAGUAAAGAACUGUUCUUUACCCAUCCAUGUGUUUGUCUAGUUAAUGCGUUCCUCUUUGUUUCCACUUGUUCCAGAGUUUGUCAGUCAUAGAUGAUUCAAACCCUGGCAGCCCCAGUUCAGACACCGCAGGCUUAGUUGCAGAGCCCAAUCUGUCUGGGCGCUCGCAUACUUUAAUCUUCUCGUCCAGUGAGGUGAGUGCUCUCUCUCUUUGUUCCACGUCCACAAAAGCCCGUGUGGGAUGGUGCUGCUCAGAUGUCUCUGAGACGGGGCAGUCUCAAGCAUGCUCUUUGCCCCCUUGUGGCUGUGAUGAUGGAAUCAUGAAUGGCCGCCGGAGAAUGAAGUUGCAUGUGUGUGAUGAAGUUGUCUGUGUGGUGUUAAAACACAUUUCUGUCUUUAGCUUUGGGUCCUUGUUGUGCAGUCAACUAGCUGAACUAGCAGAAGAGGCUCCUUAGUUAGACCAUAGAAUGAUCUGUGCUGCUACUGUGUCUGUUUAGUUGAACUUGUCUUAAAUUCCUUUUUAUAUGUUGUUGGAUUGUGUGUAUGGUUGUGUUUUGUGGCUGGUGUUUCAGUUGAUAAGUGAUUUAUUAUACUCAGAUAAACGUUAAGACCAAAGCCCUGCCUACUAUACUCAAACAAACCAGGUAUGAUAGGUAGAACAAAACAAACAUGCUCCCUCUGCAUGUUCUGGCCUCUUCCACUUAACAGCGUUGUGACAAACUCUGAAUCAACCAGUGCACACAGCUUUUUUAUGGGAUUUCAGUCACUGGAUGUGCAAUGCAUGUACCAAAUGUGCUUUGCACCGUGCGAUUAUAUUUUGAUAUUGUGCUUAAACGUUGUCAUGUAACUGACAUUGAUUCGCUAUUUAAUCCAUUAUACUGUGCUGUCGGUGACUGUUGUUUUGUUAGUUUUCUUGGGAUGGCAUGUGUUUCUUGGUGUUCCGUAGACCCUGGAUGAUGAGCCAGUGCCCACAGGGAAGGAGUAUCAAUGGCAGAACCGCCCUGUCUCCGAGUGGACCAAUCAGCAAGUCUGUCACUGGUUGAUGGGCAUGAACAUGGACCAAUACACGCCUGAGUUCACUGCCAAGGGUGUGGAUGGCCAUCAGCUCAUGCAGCUGGACAGUGACAAGUUGAAGGUGAGAGGAAUCAUGUGUUGAAUACACACAGACUCCAGAAGAGUGAACAGUUAGUCAGAAUGAAGAAAAUGUAAAGGUAGACUCAGCGAUAUGACAUAGAUGCAGAAAGUAAAAAGCAUAGUGGGUCAAUUUCUGCAACAACUAAGAGCGUUGAAGCGCGAGGCUUCACUUCUCCAGUGUUUUGGUGCCCCGGCGACCACGCUGUGAACAGUGUGAGAACCCUUGCACAUGCGCAGAUACUGUGUGAGAGCGAAGUCUUGCAUCUCGCUCAUCUCAAUAUCUGCGGUGCUGCUCCUGACAAUGUCAUUUCGCUUUAAAUACAGAUUCAAUUAUUUUCCACAGCAGUCAGGUUUCUAAGGCCUUGACUGCCACCUAAUGGCCAAACAUAAACUGGGUGAAUUCCACAAUGAUGUAUACUAACAUGAUACAUAAGGAAAAUUACACAUAAUAAACAAGAUGAAAUUGUCAGACGUUUAUAUGCAUUUCAGAAAGUAGUGUUCUAGAAUGUGACCAGUGAUGUUUGUCCCCUCAGGCCCUGGGUGUGUCCAGCCAGAGUGACCGGGCCACCAUCAAGAAGAAGCUAAAGGACAUGAGGAAGGCCCAGGAGAAGCUAGAGAAACAGAGGGAGAAAAGGGAAAAGGAGGCACGACGCAGCGGGAGACUGCCUCCCAACACUGACUCUGUCUGCUGA